UUCUUCCGAACCAGCAGCGAUAUGAAGAAACAUACAUUGGUUCACACUGGAGAGCGACCUUAUAAAUGCACUACAUGUGGAAAAUCCUUCCAAACCAGCAACUGUUUGAAGAUUCAUACAUUAGUUCACACGGGAGAGCGUCCUCAUAAGUGCACUAUAUGUGGAAAAUUCUUCCGAACCAGCAGCGAUAUGAAGAAACAUACAUUGGUUCACACUGGAGAGCGACCUUAUAAAUGCAGUACAUGUGGAAAAUCCUUCCAAAAAAGCAGCUAUAUGAAGAUUCAUACAUUGGAUCACACGGGAGAGCGACCUCAUAAGUGCAUUACAUGUGGAAAAUCUUUCAAAACCAGCAGCAGUAUGAAGAAACAUACAUUAGUUCACACUGGAGAGCGACCUUAUAAGUGCAUUACAUGUGGAAAAUCCUUCCAAACCAGCAACUGUUUGAAGAUUCAUACAUUAGUUCACACGGGAGAGCGUCCUCAUAAGUGCACUAUAUGUGGAAAAUUCUUCCGAACCAGCAGCGAUAUGAAGAAACAUACAUUGGUUCACACUGGAGAGCGACCUUAUAAAUGCACUACAUGUGGAAAAUCCUUCCAAACCAGCAGAUGUUUGAAGAUUCAUACAUUAGUUCACACUGGAGAGAGACCUUAUAAGUGCACCAAGCAAGAUACUUUAGCUGUGACUUCACCCUGCAAAUCCAUCACCCCCUCGUCUCAACCCGCAGAGGCAGCCGAUACUUCAUCAUCAACAGCCCCUCAACAACCUCCUGUGUCACUGUGUACCGAAAGUGUUAAUGAAAGUGAAACCAGUGCUAGUGUUUUAGAAAACAACACCUGA